CCUACUGCAGGCGGCUAAAAGCUGCUGCAGACCAAGCUGGAGCGUCAGAGACAGCUAGGGCUGGGGGCUGGCUGGGGAAGCUAAGGUAGGGGAACCUAGAGCUGGAGGACAGGCGUUCCACGAUAGUUCCUGAGAGGUUCCCUGCGUUACCAUCGCCUCAUCCUGUCCUCCUGCUCCCUCUGCCAAGCUACCGGGGUGACUGGGAACUGGAUCGCCCUCGGGGAGCCCCUCCAGUUGUGUGCGCACAUCGAGCCAGCUGUGCCUUGAGCCGAGGCGGCUGGAAGAUGCUCAAGGGCUGCGGCCGCCGCUUGCUCCUGUCCUUGGUCGGAGCCCUGCUUGCCUGCCUCUUGGUGUUGACGGUGGAUCAGAGGCAGCAGCUGCGGCAGCGGUUGCCGCCGCCGCUGGAGGAGGAGCUCCCGGGGGGCGAAAUAGGACGUCGAGUCCUGCAGAGCCUUGCUGGUCCCAGCGAACCCCAGGGGCAGGGACCACCGCCUCCGCCGCAGCCCCAGGAGGAGCCUGCCGCCUCGCUGGCGGGGGCGUCUGGCCCCUCCGGCGAUGUCCGCAGCUUCUCGGAGUAUUUCGGCCAGCUGAGCCGAGCUAGGAGGGACGUAGGGCCCCUGCCUGGGGCGGCCCCAGCCCGCGAGAGCGUCCCCAGGCCCCAGAUGGAGCAGCUCUUCCCUAGAGACGUCUUCAUCGCAGUCAAGACCACCAAGAAGUUCCACAGAUCCCGACUGGACCUGCUGAUGGACACCUGGAUCUCCAGGAAUAAAGAGAUGACUUUCAUCUUCACAGAUGGGGAGGAUGAAGUGCUGAAGCAACACACAGGCAACUUCAUCAAUACCAACUGUUCUGCAGCCCACAGCCGCCAGGCCUUAUCCUGCAAGAUGGCGGUGGAAUAUGACAAGUUCAUUGAAUCAGGAAGGAAGUGGUUCUGCCAUGUGGAUGAUGACAAUUAUGUUAAUGUUCCAACACUUGUCAAGCUGCUGUCCAGCUACCCUCACACUCAAGAUGUCUACAUCGGCAAGCCCAGUUUGGAUCGGCCCAUCCAGGCCACAGAGAGGAUCAGUGAGAACAAGAUGCGUCCUGUUCACUUCUGGUUUGCAACUGGUGGGGCUGGUUUCUGCAUCAGCCGUGGACUGGCUUUGAAGAUGAGUCCCUGGGCAAGUGGGGGCCACUUCAUGAACACAGCAGAGAAGAUCCGACUGCCUGACGAUUGUACCAUUGGCUACAUCAUUGAAUCUGUGUUGGGUGUGAGGCUUAUUCGAAGCAACCUAUUCCAUUCCCACCUGGAGAAUCUUCAACAGGUGCCCAAGUCAGAGCUCCAUAAACAGGUGACACUGAGCUAUGGAAUGUUUGAAAACAAGAGGAAUUCCAUCCAUAUGAAAGGCGCAUUCUCUGUGGAGGCUGAUCCAUCCAGGUUCCGCUCUAUCCACUGCUUGCUGUACCCGGACACUCCGUGGUGUCCUCGUAAUGUGGUCUACUAGGAGACUUCACGUCUGUCCUUUAACCCUAGUCCCUGAGCUCCCCUGGUAUCCAAAGGGCUCGUGGGACCUGUGUCGUGUUCUUGUCCUUGCUGUGCCCGUCAUGCACAGUAUGUGGGUGUGUGUGUUUGUGUAAUAGGCUGCUGUGUGGCCCAUGGUUACUGAGCUGGGGUGGGGAAGGAGGUAGGGAGACAAGGGGUGUCUCUCUGGACCCUGCCUUCUCCACUGUCUUCUCAUCCUGGAGGAAGAGGAGACAUUAAAGCCUGGAAGAAAACAAAGAAGAGUUAGGCAGAGAAGGUGUUGCCAUCGAUGAACCUGACGUGCUUCCCAAUGGCAGUGCUAGAAGUUGUCCCAAGAUGGUCUUGGAGCUGUAUUGUCUGUCUCCUGUAUCAGCUGCUUUCUCUCCAACAGGACCGAUUUUUCCUCUGGUGCUGCUGUCUUUAAGUCACUCCUGGGUGACUUUCUUAACCCUUGACCACCAUUCCUACAACUGUCUGAAUCAUCUCUUCUUUUCAUGUUAUAUUCCAGGCUCCAGAUCCUAUCCAGAUGAAGGUUUUUAUCUGUAAGAGGUCAAUUGGGGUGGGAGGGAGAAGAGGGGAGAGCAGGGGGAUUUAAAAGAUUUCUAAACGUCUAUCCUGACUCAAGAGGAUGGGGUGCAUUGCUAGGUGUUGCUGCAAGUGAUGGGAGAAACAGAUCCCUUUUACCUGAGAUCCUCAGUCUCCUGGGAAGUGGCAUAUUCUGGAAUAGAGGAGAGAAAAAGAAAGAGAAAGUGUGAGUGAGUGUGUGUGCACAUGUGCACAUGUGAGAGCUGUGGCCACCUCUCAGGACCCCAAGUUCACUGAAGGGAGACAAGGCCUAGAGCAGAGGGGCAGAGGAAAGAGGAAGGCCCAGAAUCAUUUGCUCCAUCCAUUGGGGCUUACUAUAAUUGACUGAACUAUUUUCAGUCCCAGAUAGCUAUGCAGUAUUUAUAUGCAAUUAACCAUCAGCGGUUAAUUGAAGAGAAAUAGAGAGAUGUAUGAUGGUAUUUUGUUAUUGUUCUAAGGGAUGCUAGGGUUAGGAUGGAGAGAGACAGAUGGGCAUAUGCCAGGAUGCAUGUCGAUUAUUCUGUCUUAGGGUUCAGCGUCUCCCUUCAGGACCAGGCAUCUGCCCAGUUAUACCUUUAGGAAACUUUUCUUAAUGGGAAGGGGAUAGAAAUGCCCUGUAACUUCCCUAUUGUUACCAUCAAGCAGCAAAUGGCCUUUGAAUUCAUGGUUCAAGGUGAGCUGAGCAGUGCUUAGGUCCAGGGAAAUGACGAGGUCAGCAGUCCAGAACGAGACUCUUAGCUGUGGCUUCAGUCCUUGCCCCCAUCCCAGGCUGUGAGGAGCCAUUGGGGCCCUCCACUAUUCAAGGGCACCUGACCACAUCCUGGGGCUGGGGGUGAGAAGGGGAUUGCUACUCCUAAUGCAGCUCCUGGGAUGGGGACCUCCAUCUUUGACCCUGCAUUUGGGGUCCUCAGGUUAAUAUCUGAGUGUUCCUGGGUGGCUGAGCCCAGAUUCUUUGCUUUGUCUCCUUCCAUAAAUGGGCAGAGUCAGAGCUGAAUAUUCCCUAUCUGAGGUUGAGUGAAUUGGCCCAUACUGGGUGCGUCUGUAAAUAUUGUACUUGAACAGUAUUUUUUUUACUGUUAUCUUUUAAAAGAGAAAAAAAAAGAAAAAGAAAAGUAGGGUUUUUUUUGUUGUGUGUA